UCUGUUACCAUUCUUAUGCUUAUUUCGAGCUGUUUCAUAUUUCGGCCACGAUAUUCCUAAGAGGACGCUAGAGGAUCCCGAGCCUUUCCCUGUCGCGCGGUCCGUUCAUCGGUGGUGCGACAAAGAGAGAGCGAUUGAUCGUCUGUACUUGUCUAAUUUACUAUCUCUUGUAGGGAAGUAGAGUGAACAAGAACCGUGCACGCUUUGCCGUUACCGUCAGGACGGAUGUAGUGUGCACAGAUUUUCUUAGGGGACGCGACAGAAUCCAAAAGCGUUUCAGGUUUCUCUCUGCCACUAUAAGUAUAGAACAAUGGAUAUGGAAGACUAUAGCGUAGAAUUAGAUCCAGAAACUGAACUUUACUGCACGUUGUAUUUAUUCGUUGAUGUGACGAAUAUCAUCGAAAUAUAUGAAAAAAUCAUCAAUGGCAAACUUUCUUGUUGCAUAACGAAAGCUUCUCUCAUAGUAGACGCUUUACAAGCGGUAGUAGCUACCAAUAAAGCCGCUCUGAAUGCUAAGCGAAAUCGUUUAACCACUAAAAGUGUGUACACAGAGAUACUAUUUUGCUUGUCAAUGACGAAAAAUAUAUCACGCUCUCUGAGUGCGUUUGGUAUCAGUGAUAAUGACAAGAAUAUCGUAGUGAUAUUAAUACACAAGCUUGACGAAAAACAAACAAUGUCAGCAGAUGUCUUGUGUAGUAUCAAAGGCGAGAGGAUAUCUAUUUCCAGGAUACAAGAGUUCACCGAUGUAAAUCUUGUGAAAAAGACUUACAAAAUCAACGAAGAUGAAUUGUGUAUUUCUGAUCUGACUGGCGCUGUAGUAUCAAGAAUCAGUUGCAAAGACUUUAUGUUAAUAAAAUGAGAUUAAGAAACAAAGUAAGAAGUUAUCUAAUAACCCACUUAAGAACAAAUCUUUUGCUAUUAAGAUGAGAAAUUUUAUUUGAUAUAUAUAUGUAUAUAUAUAGUUGAAGUGCAUAUAGAAUAUAUAACAUAUAUUGACAAAUAACUUAUAUACUUACAUUUCCUUCUUAUUGUCAUGUUUUCAUUCAUGAUUGCUUUUUUCUUGAAUUUUCUUGAAAUCAUGUAUUAUAAUAUACGUGAAUUCUACAUAUACUGGAGAAUAAUAAUUAACUAACCUAUCUUUCAAAAAAAUAUCGAUACAUUGUAAAAGUUAUGUAGUUACAUAAAUAUAUAUGAUUAAAAUAUCUUGAUUAAAUUCUUGAA